AUGUCUGAACAAGUUGAGAAAGUUGCUGAACAAGUGGCAGCACUAAACACUGAUGCUGCAGCAGCAGAUGAACCAGUUAUCCUAGGCGAAGAUGGUCAACCAUUAUCCAAGAAAGCUUUAAAGAAGUUACAAAAAGAGCAAGAGAAGCAACGUAAGAAGGAAGAGCGUGCACUUCAAUUGGCAGCUGAAAAAGAAGCUCGUGAAAAAGAAGCUGCCGCAUCUGACACUGCUAAGGAGAACUACGGUAAGUUACCAUUGAUCCAAUCUACUACCAGAAGUGGUGUUGAAAGAAUCCAAUUUGCAGAAUUAACCGAAGAGGAUGAUGGCAAGGAGGUUGUUUUUAGAGCCCGUGUCCACAACUCAAGACAGCAGGGUGCUACUUUAACAUUUAUAACAAUGAGACAACAAUCUGCAUUGAUCCAGGCAUUGUUAAAGGUUAACAAGGAUGGUUCUGUUUCCAAGCAGAUGGUGAAGUGGGCAGGUGCUGUCAAUUUGGAAUCAAUUGUUGUGGUUCAUGGUAUCGUCAGAAAAGUAGCCGAGCCAAUCAAAUCUGCUACUGUUCAAAACCUAGAAAUUCAAGUUACCAAGCUCUUUACGAUUUCCGAAACACCACAACAAUUGCCAAUCCUUUUGGAGGAUGCUACCCGUUCUGAGGCCGAGGCUGAAGCUGCUGGCCUCCCUGUUGUCAACUUGGACACCAGAUUGGAUGCCCGUGUCAUCGACCUAAGGACCACCACCAACCAAGCUAUCUUCAGAAUCCAAGCUGCAGUUUGUCAAUUGUUCAGAGAAUUCUUGCAAGCCAGAAAGUUUACCGAAAUUCACACUCCCAAGCUAUUGGCUUCUCCUUCUGAAGGUGGUGCCAAUGUGUUUGAGGUCUCAUACUUUAAAGGUAACGCGUAUUUGGCCCAAUCUCCACAGUUCUAUAAGCAGCAACUAAUCGCAGCUGACUUUGAAAAGGUCUACGAAAUCGCGCCUGUUUUCAGAGCUGAAAACUCUAAUACUCACCGUCACAUGACAGAAUUUACUGGAUUAGAUCUGGAAGUUGCGUUUGAAGAGCACUACCACGAAGUUGUUGACCUACUAAGCGACCUUUUCGUCUUCAUGUUCACUGAGUUGAAGACUCGUUGUGCUGAUGAGAUUGCAAUCGUCCGGAAACAAUAUCCCGUUGAGGAAUUUAAACUGCCAAAAGAUGGGAAAAUGGUGAAAAUCGAUUACGCUGAGGGUAUUGCUAUGUUGAGAGCGGCAGGAAAGGAAAUCGAUGACCUAGAAGACUUGUCUACAGAGAACGAAAAAUUCCUAGGUGCACUUGUAAGGGAAAAAUAUGAUACCGACUUCUAUAUUCUCGACAAGUUCCCUCUCGAAAUCCGUCCUUUCUAUACGAUGCCAGAUCCUAAAGAUUCUCGCUAUUCUAAUUCUUACGACUUCUUCAUGAGGGGAGAGGAGAUUAUGUCCGGUGCCCAACGUGUUCAUGAUCCAGAAUUACUAAAAGAAAGAAUGAGACACCACGGUUUAACCCCAGAAGAUCCAGGCUUCAAAGACUACUGUGACGCUUUUACCUACGGCUGUCCUCCACAUGCAGGUGGUGGUAUCGGUUUAGAGAGAAUCGUUAUGUUCUAUCUCGGUCUAAAGAAUAUUAGAAGAGCAACCUUGUUCCCAAGGGACCCCAAGAGAUUAAGACCUUAG